UUUUAUUUCCCUCUGAAGUUGAAUUUGAAAUCCUUCAGUUGUGCAACAAACUACCAAGCUCUCCUAUUCCCUUCCUCCCACCUCCAAUUCGCCCGUAGCACAGAAAUGGAAGAACGAGAAGGACCACUGCUACACCUUAUAAUGGAGAAAGGUCCUCUUUCGGGUCAAAAUCUGGAGUAUAAACCCGGUUCAAAGAUCCAGAUUGGUCGGGGUGUUCGUGGCAACACACUUCCAAUCAAAGACGAAGGCAUCUCUUCUAAACACCUCCGUAUCCAGUUUGAAUCCGGGUUCUGGGUCAUCAAUGAUCUCGGAUCUUCAAACGGUACGUUUCUGAACAAUAUUUCAAUUGACCCAUCUCGACCCACUAAACUAACCGACGAUGACAUUAUAAAAAUUGGCGAAGAAACCUCGAUUAAGGUCAAAAUUGAAGCUAUGGAAGUUGAUCCGGUGGAAGAAAUCGAGGCUAAGGGUAAAAAUACCCGACGAAACACGAGGCAUAAGGCGGCAGCAAGUGAGAGAAGUGUUAAGGGGUUGGGGGUGAUUGAUGAAAAUCGAGAAUUAGGGCUUGGAAAUGGUGGAACAGGAAAUUUGGGUGUGGGUUCCAAAAGAACGACUAGGAGUUCUAAGAAUGUGAAAAAUGAAGCUGGAAAUGUAGAUGAAGUUGAGAACUUUACUGCAAUUGAAGUAGAGAAAGAGGGGAAAGGGAAUAUGAAGAGGACUCGGGGUCCUAGGAAAGUGGAGAGUGUUAAAAAAUGGGUUGAUAGUGUGAAGGAAGCUGAGAAUAUUGAUUUAGUUGAUGUUGAAAGAGAGACUAAACAGUGUCCGAGGAGGACUAGGGGUUCUAAGAAAGCUGAUAGUGUUAAAGAGGGGGAUGAUGCUGUGGAGGAAACUGAAAGUCUUGCUGUAGUUGAAGCAGAGCGACAGAGGAAACCUAGUCCUAGGAGGACUAGGGGUUCUAGGAAAGUGGAGAGUGUUAAAGAUGGGAAUGAUGCUGAAGAAACUGAAAGUCUUGCGGUAGUUGUUGCAGAUAGAGAGAGGAAACCAAGUCCGAGGAGGACUAGGGGUUCUAAGAGAGAACAAAAUGUUAAAUGGACUGAUAGUGUGGAGGAAGCUAAGAAUUCUGUAGCAAUUGAUGUAGAUAAAGAGAAGAAAGUGUGUUCAAGGAGGACUAGGGGUUCAAGGAAGGAGGAUGAUGUGGAAAAUCUCCAUCAAAAAGCAGGUGAAUACAUGGAAGUGAAGCAACUUGGGAAGGGGAAGGUAAGCACUACAAGAAUGGUGCGUUCGGAGGAAGAUGAGGUGAUGGAGAAGUUGGAAAGAGACCAAAAAGAUUGUGAAGAAGCAGUUGAGAACAAUGCCAAUGUGGGAGUAGAAAGAAAUAUGCCCGAGGUGGUGGGAGUGGAACUUGGAAGGGACGUUUGUGAGGGGUCAUUUAGUAAUGUUGGCGUAAACAUGAGUGAAGUCCAAAUGGAGGAGGAGGUGGAUUUAGAGAAAAUGACACUUGGAGAAUGGUUGGAUUAUUUGGAGGUUUAUUUGCCAAAACAAAUAAUUGAUGCCACUGAGGAGAUGAUUUUAGGUAUGAAACAGAAAACAGAGAAAUAUCAGGAGUUUAUGUUGCAGCAGAAGAAUUCAAAGGAUUGUGAUGGAAUACCGAAGGGUUAGACUUACUCAGUAUGGUUUACAUUCUUAGGCUUUCUUUGCUAUUUCAAGAAAAGAGGUCGCAUUGGAACAAACAACUGAGAUUGGUGGCAUCCUCUGAAGAUAAAAUACCCUUUUUAGACACAGUAUCUGAGAUUCAUAGAAUACAGUUCUGUUAACAUAUUCAAUUGGGGUUCGAGCCUCUUCUUACUAAUUGUCUGGCUGUUGAUCCUUGUGGAAGUAGCAUCUGCCUUGGUACAGUUCCGUGGUUGAUGAAAGAAAAAUUGCUACUAUUAAUUCUACAGGAUAAUAUUAGCUCUAAAUUAGGAUGUUCCACAUAAUUAUGAUAAAAUGAAAUCACUUUCCUCAAUGUGGCGGUGGUUGUCAUGCAGAAGAGGAUUUCCUUGGGACAAAAAGUUUUCAUUGGGUGGAGCCUGAGACUCAAUAAGCUGAUUUAACAGAAGAUAUUCAACAUCAGAAGAGGCGUUGACAUUUCGGAGGAGUAACCACGUUAUACCUAAAGAAAAAAGUUUGUCCUACAAACUGAAGGGAGCAGAAUGUUAUAUAUGUGCAUGCUCUGGCAGAUGGAAGUAUACCUGGGCUAAUGUUUCUGAUACUAAAAUUAGUUAGGCUGACCUUGAUUUUAGUCUUUGUUGCAUAAUUAUCAACUUUGACAUUGAGCUACAGUUUGUAACAUAACUAUUAAUGCAUGAGUGCUUCAGUUGGGCAUACCACUCAUUCUAAGAAGAUUUGUCUUCAGUGUUGAUGAUGCAGU